AUUCAGAGUUACCAUCCGAGGAAUCAAAGGAUCUUUUUUCAGGGAAAGGAAAAAAACCCAAGUUUUGAAGAGAAAAGAAACUGUUUGCUGGGUGUUUUUUGCUCUGGGUUUAGAAUUAUUCAUCUACUUGCUUGAAAUAGAGAAAUAUUGACAGGGUUAAGUGGCUGAGCAUUAUUUUUAUGUUGUCAUUUGUAACUGGCGUGGAAGUUGAUUUCAAUGAGCUUAUGUAGCUGUUGAAGAAUAUCUUCUGGAUGGUAAAUCUGAGCUCGAAUUGGUCAUAAGAAAGCUUGUUGGAACAUGCUUGAGCCAAGAGAAUCUGAUAUACCCGCAUUAUUUCUGGUCUUGGUGGUGUUCCCUCUGGUUGCUUAUUUCUUGCUUGGGAGAUGGAGUGAGGUUUCAAAGAAACGAGAGAAGAUAGGUUUACUUGCUCAUCUCUCCGCUGAAGAAGCUCUUACAGCAGAAGCAAUGGCUUCUGUCAGUGUUAUUCCAGUUGUUCCUAUUCCGAAGAAGGGAUUGCAUGUGUGUGCUAGGUGUUUUGGUCCAGCUACAACUCGCUGCUCGAGAUGCAAGGCUGUUAGAUAUUGUUCUGGGAGGUGCCAGAUUAUUCAUUGGAGGCAAGUUCAUAAGGAAGAAUGCCUGCAGUCGGAGAGUGAAAGCUCGAGCGUGAGCAUGUUUCCUAGUGUUGCCUCAUUUGAAGAAUCUGCGCUACUCAGUGACAACAUGAAUUCACAGUUCUUAGAAUACAUUAAUAAGCAGGCUGUCAAGGAAAAUGCACCUUUAGAUAAUAUAAAUCAUUGUCCCGUAACCACUGGAUUAUUUGAUAAUGGGGAUUGUUCUACUAUCGGUACCUCUCAGAUCUGUGCACCAGAGAAACGUGCAGACAAAAGAAUUUCUCGUAAAUCCAAUGGAGAAAUGCUAAGAAGAGAGGAUGUAGCUGUAUUUGAUUCUUGUGAGGAGACCUUGAGAACUAGAGAGACUAGUUCGACACUUAAUAAUAUUUAUUCGAAAGAGGCUCUUAGAAAGCAUAAGUCAAGAACUAGUGGUUUUGUUGUAUCCGAAGAUGGAAUCCUUAAACAGGAAAAGGCCAAUGGCUCUAACAUGCAUAUUUGUGGACAAAAUUUAAGUAAUGCCAUUCAUGAGGGUCAUAAACAUCAAAGCCAACGUGGCAACAUGUCCGAAUCCAAAAGCAACUAUGAAAUUUCUGGCUCACCAUAUUCUGUAAAAGGUGGGACAAGUGCACAUGAAGCCGAACAUGCCUUUGUCUGGAGUUCAGAGAACAUAGUCAACAGAGAAAAUGCUUUUAGCAGUAAAUCAGUAGAAUUAGACUGUUGCGGCAUGGGAGCAGCAAAAGAAUGCACAAAAGGUAGAAGUUCAUUGCAGUCCGUAGGACCCAAAAUCUCUAAGUCACCUAAAUCAACAGUGAAAGUGUCUGGGGAACGAUUGCACCCUGAAAUGGAGAGAAAAGGCCAAAUUCCUAAUGAAUUAAGUAACAAACCGGGACCUGGAAUCAAUGGAGUUUCUAGCAUUGGAGUUAUGGAGAUGACGGGUUUACGAAGGUCAUCAAAGCUUGCCAGGCAGGAUUUUCCUGCACUCUAUGGUGAUAGACAUAAGAAUAUAAAGAUGCUGUUUCCUUAUGAAGAAUUUGUAAAUUUCUUUCGGUGUGAAGUCUUUGAGUUAUCACCAAGGGGCCUUCUAAAUUGUGGAAACAGUUGCUAUGCAAAUGCUGUGCUGCAGUGCUUAACCUGCACGAAGCCUCUCAGCAUUUAUUUGCUACAUGGAUCUCAUUCAAGAACCUGUUAUGGGAAAGAUUGGUGUCUUAUGUGUGAGCUUGAACAACAUAUUAUGUUAUUAAGAGAUGCUGGGGGGCCCUUGUCACCUAGUAGGAUCCUUUCACACAUCCGAAGUAUUAAUGGCCAGAUGGGUGAUGGAAAUCAGGAAGAUGCACACGAGUUCUUGAGACUCUUGGUUGCUUCAAUGCAAUCUAUAUGCUUGGAGAGAUUAGGUGGGGAACAAAAGGUUGACCCCAGGUUGCAAGAGACGACAUUUAUACAACAUACUUUCAGAGGGCGCCUUACGUCAAAGGUGAAGUGUCUUAGAUGUUCUCACGAGUCAGAAAGAUACGAAAACAUUAUGGAUCUUACUUUGGAGAUAUAUGGUUGGGUUGAGUCACUGGAAGAUGCUUUAACUCAGUUUACAACACCUGAAGAUUUGGAUGGAGAAAACAUGUACAGAUGUGAAAGGUGUUCUAGUUAUGCUCGAGCUCGGAAGCAGUUGCGCAUACACGAGGCUCCUAACAUCCUGACGAUUGUCUUAAAGAGGUUUCAGGAGGGAAAAUAUGGGAAAAUAAACAAGUGUAUCACUUUUCCUGACAUGCUGGACAUGGUUCCUUUCAUGACUGGAAUGGGUGACAUUCCUCCUCUUUACAUGCUUUAUGCUGUUGUGGUGCAUUUAGAUACACUCAAUGCGUCUUUUUCCGGACAUUAUGUGUCAUACAUAAAAGAUUUACGAGGCAUUUGGUUCAGGAUAGAUGAUACCGAGGUACAUCCGGUCUCGAUGAGCCAAGUGAUGUCUGAGGAUGCAUACAUCUUAUUUUACAUGAGGUCAUACCCUCGGCCUCCAAGAGCAAUCGCUGAAAAGACCAAGCAAGUUCCUACUAGGCACAUCACUUCGACAAUGGAGAAGCCUUCACGACCAUCACAAAGAAAAUCCAGCACCUACUCUGUUAGCCCCAAGUUUUACCCAGAUUCUAGGCCUGAAAUUGCCGCAGGCUGUAUCAACCGCUACUCUAAUGGCAUUCUCCGGCAGAAUGCAAGUAGUAACAUUCAUCGAGUGGUAGAGUUGUAUGCCGAACUACCCAAUUUGGAGUUCUCCGAUGCUACAUCAUCAAGUGAUUGGUCCCUUUUCACUAGCUCAGACGAGGCUUCAUUUACAACAGAGAGUACUCGAGACUCUUUCAGUACCGUCGAUCAUGCCGAUGCCAGCAAUGGAGAUCCAUUCUCAAUCCCCAAUAACUUGUACACCCCAGAAUCAUCUUCUCGCAACUCAGUUUCGUGCAGAGUGUUUUCGACUAGUAGACCCCACACGAGGUACUUCUUAGAGGAAAAGGGUUAUGUUCUGGAUGAGGUACUUCUUAGAGGAGAAGGGUUAUGCUCUGGAUUCGUACUCGUCUUCCCGAAUCGUGAACCAAUAUCAAGAGAACUUCAAACAGGUCUGUGAUUCUUUGAAAGAUUUUUCUUUAGAUACUGAUCAUGGAAUGUUUGUAAAAUAUGGGGGUAACCCCAAAA